CUGGCUAACUCCAUUUUGGAAACAGCUGUUCCGAGACCAACCCCCGCCGUCCCCUCCCCUUUAUUGUUUAUCGGGGUUGUCAGAGAAACACACUCCGCCUAUGAAGGAUGGUUUCCAAUAUCCAGUCUGAGUUGCGGUUGAAACGAAGCGGAUCCCUCCCAGAUGUUGCCAGGAAAACGGGCAACUUCUCGACCGUCGCUUCUCUGAGAAGCAGCUCUCGUUGAAACUAGUGGAUAUAAGAAACUCCUGCAAACCAAGACUCUAAAGCAUGGCCUGAUGUAUGCAAGAUGGCGGCACAGUGGAAUGGCCGUCCAUAAAAGGGACUGGAUAUACAUCACUGUCAAUCACUGAAAGCUACUACACUACUACACUGAACCUCUCUACUGCUUUAUCCAUUAAAAGAAGAAAGCACUUUACAAACCAAGGUGUAAUGAGCGUGCUGGGCAUGGGCAGAUGAUGGAUGUGGAGACGUCGUACUCUGAGUUCAUCACCUGCGAUCGCACAGGUCGCAGGAACGCCGUGCCGGACAUUAAGGAGGAGGGGACAGUCGUGGGCACCAGUGAACUGACCAAAGACAUGGCCCAGAUGAACCUGGAGACUGCCGAGGGGGAGGGAUCCGCGGCGUCGCCGCCCCCGGAGGACGACGGGUCCGGGAGCCAGGAGGCCGAAGCAGGCGGGGGCCCCUCCUAAACCGGGGAGGCCUGCCACGUCCCGAGUCGUCCCCCAACACACCCCCUUCUCCCCCCCCCCUCCUCCUCCCCUCGACGCAGCCCGUCCAGAUGGGCGCGGGGAGACGCAGUACCACACACACAGACUGGGGCCAGUGUGGCUGGAUUAUAUUUUCUAUUUCGGUAACCGCCAGGGGACGGUCCCCGGACAACACCGCAGAACUGAAAAAAAAAACAGACGAGGUUUGACAAAAAAGAGAAAGAGAAAUGUCAUAAACGCUCCGCGGCGAAUCCUGUUUUUCCUUGUGGUUUUGGCGCCCUUGCCCGGGUGCUUUUUCUGUCUCCGCCACCUGCUGCUUAGCGUCAGUGUUUUCCCCCCACAGGACGGCGGCCAUCUUGGAUUCAGCACUCGCGGGGCCUUCCUCUACUCUGCACCGUUACAGGGGGCAGCCCUAAUCUGAUCACACGCAAUCAAGCACAGGAAUACCAAAAUGAAUGAAGACCAGAUGAAGUCCUAAUUUUGUAUAUACGCCAUAUAUAUAUAUACACAUACACUUCUGUUUGUUUUUAGGUCCGAUCUGGAUGCAGUUUUUUUUUUUUUUGGAUCUGCUUUCUACUAUCAGAUACGUUUGGUUGGCAUUUAAAUGUAAUGUAUGGGAUGGUAUUUAUUUUGUUUUUUUUCCCUCAGAUGUUUGUAUUAGGAAUUUUGAAUAAGUAAUAAAAAUACAUAUAUGUGUGUCCAGAGAAAUGUACAGUA